GAUGACUGGGUCGAACUCUGGCUUUCGCAUGGUUGGAGAAACCCUGUGGUCAAAUAUACCGACAAUCAUUAUUGUUCUCCCAUUCCUACUCUAUCUCCUGUAUUGGGCAGCACUGCCAAAACCAAUCCCCGGAAUCCCAUACAACAAGAAUUCUGCAAAGAGACUACUAGGAGAUGUGCCUGAGUUCGUCAAGGAGAAGGAUGGGCUUCGGUUUUGGAUGCGCGACCAAUUCACUGUGCACAAUUCGCCCGUCGUCCAAAUCUUCACGGCGCCCUUCAAAAGACCAUGGGUACUUGUUUCAGACUUUCGAGAAUCGCAGGACAUGACCGUGCGACGCGGGUCUGAGUUUGAUAGAAGUGGGUUGACAUAUGAUAGCUUCGGGGCGCUGGCCCCCAACAGUUACAUUUGCAAAAGAACCGAUGAACCGAUGUACAAGCAUAACAGAUCACUACUCAAAGAUCUUAUGACGGCACCCUUUCUCAAUCAGAUUUCAGCGCCUGAGAUCUACGAGAAAUCGUGCGCACUUCUCGAUUUAUGGUGCGUGAAGACAAAUAAAGCAGAAGGUCGACCAUUCCAAGCAGACAAUGACGUUCAUCUUGCAGCGUUAGACGUGAUGAUGGCCGUGACAUUUGACUUCCCACAGUCUGACACAAUGGUUCUGAAACAGAUUAACCAAAUCAAAGAUCAAAUCCAACCCCUAAAAUUAUCCGACGGAUCGGUCGAGUUUCCGCACGUGGAUCUAGAUCCGGAAUUAUAUGCAUGGUUGUAUCUUACGCGAAGCAUUGGUGUGGGAUUCCAAUCGCCUGUUCCAGCGUUUGCGCACUGGUGGUACCUCCAGAGUAGGAAGAGCCGAAACAUGAUCAGACUCAAGGAUGGUAUGUGUCACCGAAACAUCAAAGCGUCAGUGGAGAGAAUGUCCGACACGCGAGCGGACAAGAAGAACAUGCGGUGUGCUGUUGAUCAGAUCCUCCUUCAAGAAAAAUCCCAGGCAGAGAAACGUGGAGUGGAACCGAGUUACAACAAAAAGGCCAUCUAUGACGAGCUUUUCAUUUAUAUUGUGGGAGGGUAUGAUACAACUUCGAUAACCUUGACAUGGUUUACCAAAUACAUCGCCGUCCACCAAGACUACCAAACGAGACUCCGCAAUGAAAUCCGAUCUUUCCACACCACGGCACUCGCCGAAGACCGUUUACCAUCUGUCAAAGAAAUAGUAAACUCCCACAUUCCAUACCUGGAAGCUUUUAUCGAAGAGACCAUGCGUUGCAGUCACAUCGUUCCCGCGGUGAUACGCGAAACAGUCGCCGAUUCCCCAGUUCUCGGUCACAUGGUCCCGAAAGGUACGCACCUCUGGUUAUUCUCCAGCGGACCGAGCUUCAUGAAACCGGCGUUCGACAUUAACGAAGACGUUCGUUCUGAAACCUCACGACAAAAUAAAGACCGAGUGGGGACGUGGAGCCCUGAAGAUAUCUACAAAUUUAUGCCCCAGCGAUGGCUGAAGAAAAAGGUAGAUGAUGAUGGAGAACAUGAAGUGUUUGACUUUAAUGCUGGUCCACAUAUGGCAUUUGGUCAUGGGCCGAGAUCAUGCUUUGGUCGGAGGCUUGCGUAUUUAGAAACUCGUAUUGUGGUGACGCUGCUGGUUUGGAAGUUCCAGUUCUUGCAGGCUGGUGAUGCUUUGGAUGACUUGACUCCGAUAGAUACGUUCAUGGUACGACCCAGGAAGUCUUAUGUGCGACUCAAGGAGGUAGUGCCAUAG